GCUUUCUCGCUGCAAAAACAGUAACUGAUCUGCGUUUGUGUUUUUCCCGCAGGAGUCUGUCUCCAAAGCAAGGGGUCCAAACCCCGGGGUUUAAAUCGAGAGGACCCCGCGACCCCUAAAGCAAGUGCCUCCUCCUCCUCCUGUGGAAGAUGAUAGAUACCCGGAGCCUGCACAGCCUGGCUGUCCUUUCUGCUCUGAACCAGCAGAGGGCGCUGGGCAGCUUCUGCGACGCCUCCCUGAGCUCUGAGGAGGGCACGCUGUUCAGGGCUCACCGCUGUGUGCUGGCCUGCUGCAGCCAGCUGUUCAGCGGCGAGGGCCCGGUCCCCUCCUCCGCGGAGCCCCGCCUCCCCCAGCCCUGCUCCGCCCAGGGCCUGGCGUUGCUGCUGGACUUCAUGUACACGGGGGUGCUACCCCUGACCCCCCAAAACCUGGAGCAGGUCCAGACUGCAGCCGUGGGGCUCGGGGUCCCAGAGGCGCUCAGCUUGUGCCAGGAAUUUAGACGGGGCACGGAGACCCCCCCGUCGGACCCCCUGGAACCAGGGGAGGGGGACAAGGGGGGGGGAAAACCUGCAGUGACUGGAGAGGAGGGAAGUGGGGCUGGGGAGGCGAGGAGCAAACCCACAGGAGUUCGGAGGGGAGCCCUCACCACCACCACCACCACCACAAGAUCGGGGCGCAGGGUUAAGGGCCCCCCCCACCUGAGGGACAGCCCCCCCAGUAACAACGCCCCCCCCAGGACUCGAAGGGUGCAGAGGGCAGCCCCCCCUAGGAUGAAGGAGGGAGGGCCCAGCGGAGCUGACGAAGAGGAGCUACAGGACCCAGAGGAGAAGGAGGGAGAGGAGGGAGAGGAGGCAGGGGCACGAGAGGACACUGACGAGGAGUACCUCCCCAAAACCGCUGCCCCCCCCCACUCCUCCUCCACCACAGGUCCAGUGCGAGCCAGGCCGAGGGGCAGGACACAGGCCAGCGUCAGCGAGGAGAACGGAGACGCAGCGGGGACGGGCAAGGACAGCAAGAGACACCCUGUCCAGUGUCCCACCUGCCACAAAACCUUCCUCAGCAAGUACUACCUCAAAGUGCACAACCGGCGACACACAGGAGAGAAGCCCUUCGCCUGCGUGAAGUGUGGGAAGAGCUACUACAGGAAAGAGAACCUCGUGGAGCACCAGGCCAGGAACUGCACCAACCGAGCCCAGGUGGUGUUCUCCUGCCCUCUCUGCUCUCUGAUCUUCAGUCGACGGUUGGAGCUGCGGCUGCACACGGUCUCUCACACGGGGGAGAUGCCAUACAAGUGUACCUCGUGCACAGAGCAGUUCAUGCAGAAGAAGGAUCUGAAGAGUCACCUGAUCAAGAUUCACGGAGCCCCCAAACCCCACGCUUGCUCGUUGUGUCCCAAGUGCUUCCUGUCUCGCACGGAGCUGCGUCUGCACGAGGCCUCGAAGCACCGCGGGGAGAAGCUGUUCGUGUGCGAGGAGUGCGGCCAUCGAGCCUCCAGCCGCAACGGACUGCAGAUGCACAUCAAGGCGAUCCACAGGAACGAGCGCCCCUUUGUGUGUGAGUUCUGCAGCCACGCCUUCACGCAGAAAGCCAACCUGAACAUGCACCUGCGCACGCACACCGGAGAGAAGCCCUUCCAGUGCCACCUGUGUGGCAAGACCUUCCGCACGCAAGCGAGCCUGGACAAGCACCAGCGCACACACACAGGAGAGAGGCCCUUCCACUGUGAGUUCUGUGAGCAGCGUUUCACGGAGAAGGGGCCCCUGCUGAGACACAUCGCCAGCAAACACCAAGAGGGCCGGCCGCACUACUGCCAGAUCUGCAGCAAGACCUUCAAAGCGAUCGAGCAGCUGCGGGUUCACGUGAGACGGCACAAGGGGAUGCGCAAGUUCGAGUGCACGGAGUGCGGGUACAAAUUCACCAGACAGGCGCACCUGAGGAGGCACAUGCUGAUUCACAACCGCGUGGAGAAUUACAACCCCCGCCAGCGCAGACUGCGCAACCUAGUGGUGGAGGAGGAGAAGACAGCCCCCACGCCAUCGCAGCCCGGGGAGGGGGAGGGUCCGCCCCCCCGUGACAUCAUCAGCGUGGUGAUCCAGCCCGGCACCAUCGUGGUGGAGGAAGUGGUGUCGACGCAGGGGGAGGAAGGGGCGGAGUUCCAGGUGGUGGACGUGGUGGAACACACGCUGAUGAUGACGGACAGCUACACCACCGCGCACCACGGUACUGAGGAGGGGGAGGAGCAGGGAGGGGAGGACAAGGGGGAGAUAGAGAGAGCGGGUUAGGAGGACAAGGGGGAGAUAGAGAGAGAAGGUUAGGAGGACAAGGGGGAGAUAGAGAGAGCGGGUUAGGAGGACAAGGGGGAGAUAGAGAGAGCGGGUUAGGAGGACAAGGGGGAGAUAGAGAGAGAAGGUUAGGAGGACAAGGGGGAGAUAGAGAGAGCGGGUUAGGUGAUGAGGGGGAGGACAAGGGGGAGAUAGAGAGAGCGGGUUAGGAGGACAAGGGGGAGAUAGAUAGAGAAGGUUAGGAGGACAAGGGGGAGAUAGAGAGAGAAGGUUAGGAGGACAAGGGGGAGAUAGAGAGAGAAGGUUAGGAGGACAAGGGGGA